AUGUCACUCGAUGCACGUAUAUGCGUCAUCACAGGUGCAGCCGGUCGUAUCGGCCGUGCUAUAGUCGAGCGAUUUCAACAAGAAGGAGCGACCGUUGUAGCUGUUGACAUCCUCUCCGUCUCACUACCCGGAGUCGACAAUGUCAUCUGCGAUCAAGGUGACCCUUCCAGCAUCCAAGCACUCGAACAACAUCUCAAACAAAAAUACGGGCGGAUUGACUGUCUCAUCAACAAUGGUGCGUUGGGAGGAUACACAUGUCCAAUACACGAGAAACCAUUGGAAGAAUAUGACGAUGUCAUGCGUGUCAAUGUAAGAGGACCUUUUUUACUCAUUCAAGCCGCUCUACGACUUCACUUGUCUAAUCCUUCGAAAGAAUUAUCGAUCAUCAACAUGGCUUCUAUAGCUGGACAUAGACCAGGAGCGGGAAAUUCGGUAUAUUCAGUUUCGAAACAUGGUCUUAUAGGUCUCACCAAGGCCGCAGCUAGCGAAUAUGGGGGACAGGGAGUGAGGUGUAAUUCUAUCUCGCCAGGGAUGAUGGAGGUACCGAACGUACAAGGUAUCUUGCCAGAAAGAUUCGAAAAGGGUGCAGAGACAAUACCUCUACGUCGACGUGGCAAACCGGUUGAAAUUGCGGAGUUGGCAGUUUUUCUAGCUUCGGACAAAGCGAGUUACAUCAACGGAGCGGACUAUCUAGUGGACGGAGGGCGGAUGGUUGUCUGA